GAUUAUUUGAAGAUUCGAUUCUCCCUGGCCUCAAAUGGCCGACAUCAAUUGGGGGAAAGAAAAAAACCGGGGAAGAAGACAAAAGGGAACAAGAACCUGGCGGGCCAGUGAGCAUUCGGUCUUUCUAUAAACACUCCCAAAGUCCACUGAGCUAGCUGCAUCUUCUACGAAGUCUGCAAUCCAACAAAAGCUUCAGCUGAGAAAGAAACAAAAAAUGGAACCCAAUACGAAUCGUCCACAGCGGGUUGCAGUGGUUACAGGAGCUAACAAGGGGAUUGGUUUAGAAACCGUGAGGCAGCUAGCUAGCCAUGGAGUCACGGUGGUGCUUACGGCUAGAGAUGCUAAGCGAGGGAGCGAUGCAGCUUCGAAGCUCCACCAGAUGGGUUUCCCCAAUGUGAUCUUCCAUCAGCUUGAUGUUUUAGAUCCGGCCAGCAUCCAGAACUUGGCUGAAUUCUUGAAGGGGAAGUUCGGCAAGCUCGAUAUUUUGGUAAAUAAUGCUGCAGCUUCAGGUGUUGAAGUUGAUGAGCAGCGAUUGAGGGACAUGAACAUUGAAGUUGACACUUGGCUUUCAGGCAAAGCUGUAAACUUGGUCCAGGAUGUGAUGAAGCACACAUAUGAGAAAGCAGAGGAAUGCUUGAACACUAACUACUAUGCUGUCAAGAACUUGACAGAGUCCCUCCUCCCACUGCUCCAGCUCUCCGAUUCCGGUGCCAGGAUUGUGAAUGUCACAUCUCUCAGGGGCGAGCUAUGUAGGAUUCGCAGCGAUGAUCUGAGGAAGGAAUUUGCAGAGGUGGAAUCACUGAGCGAAGAGAAGCUGGACGAGAUACUGAAGAGGUUCCUGCGCGAUUUCAAAGAGAACAAACUCGAAGCUGGAGGCUGGUCACUGAUGCUUCCUGCUUACAGCGUCUCGAAGGUGACCCUCAAUGCUUACACGAGGAUGCUGGCGAGAAGGCACCCGAAUAUGAAGAUCAACUGCGUUCAUCCGGGUUACGUGAACACGGAUUUGAACUGGCACACUGGUCCAAUGCCGGUGGAAGAAGGUGCCAGAGGUUCUGUGAAGUGUGCUCUCUUGCCGAACGAUGGUCCUACUGGCUGCUACUUUGAUCAAACUGAGGUCGCCAGCUUCUGAAUGUGAACAACAAAUUUGCAGUACUGGUCCGAGGUUCUGGGUUUUUUCUGCUGUAAUAAUUAAGGAAACUACGGCCUAGUGACUGCUUUUCAGUUUUUAAACAGACCGAGUCUGCUGAGUUUGAAAUGAAUCUUACAUAUGAUAUUUUUUUUUUCUAAUCGAACUACCGAUACCGUACAGUUUCACAGGCAUUGAUUAGGAGGGUAAUUUAUCA